UAAAAAUUGCUCAGAAAAAUAUGAAAAACCGUUGAUAGCAAGAUAAUGUUUUUAAAAAAUGAGUUAAAUACAAUUAUGGGCACAUUGGUCUAGUCUAAGAUAUCAGGUUUAUAAGAAGUACCAAAAACUGUAUCGAGUGAACAGGCUUCAAGAGUCAUUGCGUCCUCGCAACAGUGUUUCAAAGAUGCACAAACCGUCACUAAAAGAUUCAAUUGACAGGGGACGUAACGCUGCUCUAAUAGCGCCAUCUUACCAUCAGUAAGACAAGCACAAAGAUGAUACAAAAAUAAAUACACCAAUCAAAUCCUCUCUAAAACCUUUCAGUAUACAAAUGAUGAACUUCAGCGCACAAACACACGCCAUGCACAUUCAUCUACACACAAACCACUUAUCUCUCAAUAAUAUUAUAAGACGUAUAAUGUCAAAUGUAACCAAGUUAAUUAAAAUAUUUCAAGAUAAUCAUUUAUACGCAAAUUUCAUUUUUCGGGUAAAAACACCAAACUAGGGUAAUGUACUGGAGCGACCGUGGCGCCACACCUACCAUAGAGCGAGCCAACUAUGACGGUACAGGACGUCAGACUCUGGUCUCAGGGGGCGAGUAUCUCAACCAACCGAACGCCAUCGCUCUCGACACAGUCGAAGGCAGACUGUACUGGGCAGAUGGUGGCACACAGAAGGUAGGCUGGGUGGACCUGGACGGGAGGAAAACUUCGGUGAUUCUACAACAACCAGGAUCAGUCUUUAAUGGCUUGGACCUCUAUCUCAAUGAUUUCUUUGUGACGGACUGGAGCUUUCAAAAUCUCAAUCAGACGAUAAAAACACGCCUAUAUCGCUAUGGAAAGGACGGCAGUAAUGGAAGAAACAUUUUCAACCAUCUAUUAAAAUUAAAUGAUAUCCGCGUCUACGCUGAGGAAACUGAAGAUAAAGGGCCAAACGGAUGUGGACACAACAACGGUGGUUGUAGUUACAUCUGUGUACCCACACCUGGCAACAAAAGUAAAUGUCUCACUGAGGACGGAGGAUCUACAAAAAGUGAAAGUCCAACUAUUGGCAGCUCAACUAAAGCAAGUGAUCCCAGCAUAUUAUCAGGUAACACUGAACUCAUUUUGUUACAUAAUGUAGCUCUUCUAACAAACAAACACGGUUCUGAUGAGAAAACUAAACCCAUAAUAAGCUGGAUAUUGUUUAUGGCAUUUGAAAUAACAAGUACGUGGUUUUAAAUGCAUUACAUGUACUUGCUGUAGUUAUGGUGCAUGGUAAUUACGUGCAUUUCCUAUUUCAAAAUCAUUAUCAGUGUCCUUACAUAAAUACCUAUUAACAAUUCUACGCCUGGUAUCGUGGAGGUUGACUCAGUCCUCGGGGCAUCUCCACCACCACCUACAAGAGGAAUAAAAGCAUAGCAUGUACAAGAGUUCGCUAUUCUUCCGUUAGAAAUAUUAUAACAUUAUGUCACCCAUUCCUGUUUUUGCUUUUCAGAAGCAGACUCUGUGAGCACUAACACCAAGAUCAUCAUUGUUGUCUGUGUUGUGGCCGCU